UGAGGCUGUGGCUAAAGUUAGAUUGGCCUGUGCAGGGGUAUAUAAGCCCCCCGGGAUGGACGAAUAACGCGGCUUCACCCUGUCUUCUCCCUGUUGAUCAUCCAUACCUCAGCUCUUACCGUCUCAAGAUGGCACCAAAGAAGGCUAAGAGGAGGGCAGGAGGAGGAGACAGCGGCUCCUCCAAUGUGUUCUCUAUGUUUGAGCAGAGCCAGAUUCAGGAGUACAAAGAGGCUUUCACAAUCAUUGACCAGAACAGAGAUGGUAUCAUCAGCAAAGAUGAUUUGAGGGACGUGCUGGCUUCCAUGGGCCAGCUGAACGUGAAGAAUGAGGAGCUGGAGGCCAUGAUCAAGGAGGCCAGCGGCCCCAUCAACUUCACUGUCUUCCUCACCAUGUUCGGAGAGAAGCUGAAGGGUGCUGACCCCGAGGACGUCAUUCUUACAGCCUUCAAGGUCCUGGACCCCGAAGCUACUGGAUCCAUCAAGAAGGAAUUCCUUGAGGAGCUCCUGACCACUCAGUGCGACAGGUUCAGCAAGGAGGAGAUUAAGAACAUGUGGUCCGCCUUCCCCCCAGAUGUUGCUGGCAACGUAGACUACAAGAACAUCUGCUACGUCAUCACACACGGAGAGGAGAAGGAGGAGUAAAGAGAGAGCUAGAAGACAAAUAAAGACAGCAAUCCCUUUGCUAUUCUGCUUCCCUGCCCUUUUCUUUCCUCCUCUCCCUUCACCCUCACCUUUUCGUGUAAAACCCAUGGGCUCACCUGUUCAUGUUCAUACCAAAGACUUUGUCACACUGACACAUGAAAGGGUCGAUGCCUAUGAGGUGUCUAUGUUUGCUUAUGGGGAAUAGGGGUGAUUUUCAAUAAAAUUAUCCUGUAACAUCAUUUCCAUCCACAAGCUUUUCUCACAAACCUUUUCUUUCAUUGCAACCAUUCUUCUUUCCUCUCACUUCUUCAUGUCUGCCUGCCCUUCAUCACUUCAUCCUGAGGUGUUUGUGUGAAUGAAACGUGUUCCUCUGCUCCUCCUCGGUAUCUGAGGAGAGGGGAGGUUUACAAAACUUGAGGACUUCAUUCCAUAUUCUGAAGAUGUCCUCUUGGGUGGAGGAGGUGGGAGGAGGGGAGAGCUUUUUGCAGGUUGGUGAGGACAAAAGUUGCCUCCUUAAAGCGACGGCAACUUUUGUCCUUGAGAAAUGAAAGAAAUGAAUGAAGGAGAGGAGAGAAAGGAUCGAAAGAAAACAUUCAAAUCUUCGAUGUCUUUCCCUCCACUCCUUCAUGCGUCCAUUAAAUCCUCUUCCUUUUCAUAAGCUGUCUCAACUUCAGGAACUGGAAUCUUCCUCACCUUUCCUCUGUAAUGAAUAAAAGGGACAAACUGUGAAUAAAA